AUAAUGUUUAUUUUAACAAUUCUCGAAGUCGGUAACGCAACCAUAUUGUUCUUUUGCGCGGUAUCGAAUAUAGCAACGUAUUCAGUUUCAGUGAUGGACAUACAUUUCUGUUGUCGAGAAGACCACGUAAUCGGAACAUUUGCCAAUGUACUAAUAUAAAUGUCGCAUGUCUAUCUGCUGGUGCUUGUAUCAUUAAUGAGAUCAGCAUCUGAGUACAUCCUGAAAAUGUCGGUUUCUCCACUGUGUAUAAUUUCAAAAUAUUCUGUUCCGUGUAAAUAUCACAAAAUUCGCUUUACAAACUUUCCAAUGUUUUAUUCCUGUUAUCGUUUAGAAAACGGCUUGCUUGGCUAACUAUAGUUGCUUUCCAUUUUUACACAAGUGAUACUGAGUCUAAAAUUAGGUGAGUAUUUUAUACUCAGAUAUUGACGUCAUCGUUUAGUACGUAAAAGGAACGCGCAACAAGUGAGAAUAUUCUCAAUAACCUCAAAUUCUAAAUGUCAUAACUAUUGUGAGUUGAUUUUAAACUAAAGAUGACUACUUUUAUUUCCAAUAUUAUUAUAAAGAUUUCAGAAGACGAUUCAGAAUCGGACUGGACUAGUACAGAUUCGAAUAAAUCAAAAAAUUUUUUCUUUUCUGAAUCGUCAUCCUCGGAUUGUUCCGACUCGUCAAAUCCUCCUAGAAGAAAGUUACAUCGAAUAACUACUUUUAUGGAAACUGUGAAAGAAUACGAUGACAAAGAAUUUAAAGAGCAUUUUCGACUAAAUCGUUCAACUGCUGAUCUAAUAAUAAAUAUGAUUGAAAAUGAAGAUGUUUUACCUCAACAUAAUAUUGGAAGAGAAAAGAUAUGUGCACGAAAAGCAUUUUUAAUGACCCUCUGGUAUCUUUCCAAUACAGAGACAUUUCGACAAUGUUCCGACAGAUUUGAUGUUACCAAAAGCUCCUGUCAUCGUAUUAUUAGGAAAAUAAUAGAUUUUCUAGUAAAAAAAAGUGGACAGUAUAUUGUUUGGCCCACUGGUCAACGAUUACACAAAGUCAAAUCAGAAUUUUUUUAAAUGCAGGGAAUUGACGGGGUAGUUGGAGCUAUAGAUGGGAGCCAUAUAAAAUUAAAAAGCCAGUCUCCAAACACCAUUACGUUUAUUAUAAUAGAAAAGGAGAUUAUAGUCUUCUUAUACAAGGAGUUUGUGAUUAUCAAAAAAAAUUUAUUAAUUUUUUCUGUGGUGAACCAGGAUCCAUUCAUGACAGUCGCCU